UUCAGAAAGUCGCUAAAAGUUAGCGAAUCGUCAAAUUAACAAUCGCUACAUUUUUUAUGUAUCGCUUGCUAACAAAUUGUUAAAAUUCCGAUUGUUCAGACUAUUGUUAUCGCUAUCGCUAACUAAUAAUCGUUAAACUAUUUAACGAUAUCGCUAGGAAGUUUAGCGAUAUCGCUAAAUUUUAAGCGACAAAUGUAUAAUGGGGUUGACCCAUAAUGCAUUUGCUUUUUCCCACAAUGCAUUUAAAUGCAUAAAGUAUUACCCACAAUGCAUUGAAAAAAACAUAAUGGCUGCCCAAGCAGACAACACUUUGUCAUUGUCAGAAAAAAAUAAGAAAAGAGGUUGCAACUUUAGUGCAUAUGAGAGGGAAAUUCUCAUAACUGAAUAUGAAAAAGUAAAGGACAAAUUAAAUAACGCAAAGGUAUCACAAGAUGCGAAACAAAAGAUGUGGGAUUGUAUUGGAAGUGCUGUUUCACUUGCUGGAGUUGGGAUAAGAACAGGAAAAGAUGUGAGAAACAAAUUUCACAACUUGAACCGGGUUGCAAAGUCAACAGAAAUGCAACAAAGAAAGCAUUUGAAGGGAACAGGGGGUGGACCACCAUCUGAAAAACCGCCCGAGGAGGUGCUCCGCCUUAUUAACAUCAAUAAGGCAGACCCAGGCUUCAGUGGGAUUCCUGGUGGGCUAGAAACCACAAUUGCAGCAGAGAAGGAAUUAAAGGUCGAUGAGCUGCCAAAUGGUGAUGUGGUUAUUCAAGUCAUACCAGAAUCAGAUUCAGAAGCAGAGAGACGUGCAGUGUUCGAUUUGGACACGAUAGAAUUAGACAGAGGAAGCCAGUCCACCGGCAAGGAAUUCCAAAGUAGAAUGCAAUCCUCGAGUAAUCAGCAAGUGAAAAAAAUGAAAACAUCUCUGCAGGAAAAGGUGCAGACAGCUCAACUGGAAUGGUUCGAAGGACAAAAUAAAAAAGUUGAGCUGGAGAUGGAGCUUUUGAGGGAAAAGAUCGCAACGUCUAGGGAGAAAAGGAAGCUGUUUAAAGCUUUGCAAAUAGAGUUGAAGGGGAAGGAUGACAUGGACAUAAUUCCAUUAGUUUGUGACGAAUAGGAUUGGACCAUAGCAGAUAAGAAACAGGGGGAGAUCAUCAGUUCUGAAAAUAAUACUGUGUUAAAAAGAUGACACUAUUCAUUCUGAGUAUUAAUAAUGUUUUAAUUGA